AUGGGACCAUCAGAUGAACUGGACAGCGAUGGUGGCAGCAGUGAUGGUGAUGCAUCAGAUCAAGACAAUGCAGCAUUGGAAAUGGGAGGUGACUUGGAUGUUGCUAACAGGCAAGGUUUCUCCAUUGACUCUGGUAUAGUGGAUAUCAAGGAGGAGGAAUUCAGCUCUCCAGAGCCUGGACAGGUACUUCCAGUGGAGGAUAGUGAAAUGGGGGAUGGCGAAUGGAAGAAGUCAGCAACGAAGUGGCUUGAUGAGGGCAUUUGGUCAGAAGUUUUGGAGCAGCACACCCAGAUCAACUGA